UGCUACCCGGCAGUAGUUGCGAAGGUCAGCCCCGCCCCUUCCUCUUUCUCUCGUAGCAGGCGGCGGCGGCUCCUUCUUUUGCGGCUAUGGCCAAGAUUAAGGCUCGGGAUCUUCGAGGCAAGAAGAAAGAAGAGUUGUUGAAACAGCUAGACGACCUGAAGGUGGAGCUGUCACAGCUGCGCGUCGCUAAAGUGACGGGCGGCGCGGCGUCCAAGCUCUCCAAGAUCCGAGUUGUUCGCAAAUCCAUUGCCCGUGUUCUCACUGUCAUCAACCAGACCCAGAAAGAAAACCUCAGGAAAUAUUACAAGGGCAAGAAGUACAAGCCCCUGGACCUGCGGCCCAAGAAGACGCGAGCCAUGCGCCGCCGGCUCAAUAAGCAUGAGGAGAAGCUAAAGACCAAGAAGCAGCAGCGGAAGGAGCGGCUGUACCCUCUGCGCAAGUUUGCCGUCAAGGCUUGAGCGGCGUCACAAUAAAACUCAAACUCUG